AGUUCUGCUCGUAGGAUUUGGCGAGUUUGUCAGCAACUAAGAGCCCAGUGUGUGAAUUUACGACUGAAAAUGACUCACUUUUUUUCACCCUUCAUGCUUUUGGGAGGCCUGUAUAUCCUUGCAAAGGUUCAAGCUCAUAUAGAUAUAUAUAUUAUAGCCUGCAAGACCAAUGACACUGAUCCUGAGGAUAUGAAAGAGCUGGAUGGAGAUGAGAUGCUUUAUGUUGAUUUUAAAAAGAAUGAGGUGGUGAAUACAAUACCGGAGUUUGGUGGCCAGUGGACUGCUGAAGGCUGGGUUCAGCAUGCACAGGCAGAACAUCAGGUUUGCUUAAACGACUUGAAUGUGGUUGUUCAAGCUGAAAGCAGCCCUCCUGAGGAGAUAGAUGCACCCCAGCUCACAAUAUAUACCAGGAAUGAAGUUGAACUCGGUAGAAGCAACAUUCUGAUCUGCUCUGUGAAUAACUUCUACCCACCACCUGUCAAAGUGAAAUGGACUAAAAACAAUGUGGAGGUGAAGGAGGGAGUGACCCUGAGUCGCUACUACCCCAACAGUGACUUCACCUUCAGACAGUACUCCACCCUCCAAUUCACCCCCCAGAAAGGGGAUGACUACUCCUGCACUGUGUAUCACAAGGGGCUGACUGAGCCUGAGACCAGGUUCUGGGAUCCAGAAUUUCAGGAUGAGUCCAACAUCGGAAAAACAGCAUUUUGCGGAAUCGGACUGACUCUGGGGCUGCUAGGAGUGGGAGCCGGAACCUUCUUCCUUGUCAAGGGAAACAAUUGCAGCUAAGAAAGACAUUCAGGGUCAAGCAGUAACAUCUCUGAUUGGUCCAGUUAACAUGCUGAACUGUGUAAUUCAUUCUGACAUAACAUCCAAUCAGAUAAAAGGGUGCUUCAGUGACUAGACUGUGUAAUAGACUGAUGACAAACGUAAUAUCGAUAUAUGAUGUAUGUAACUGGUUAAUAUGUACACAGCUGGGAUCAUAUGAACAUUAUUAAUAUUACUGAUUAUAAAAUUAACAUUUUACCUAUUACAUCAAUUAUCAAAAAUGAUUUUUUUGUAUAUUAUACCCAGUCCAAAUUUGCCUGAUAUUUUUGUCAUAAAUUUUCACAAAGAAAAUAAAAUAGAAAUAAUUUUAUGUUAUUUUAUUCCUUUCCCUUAUUUUUGGCAUCUUGAAUGCUUUGUUUCGUAUUAUGUAUAUUGGAUAACCAUAAAGGAUAAUUUUGAUGUUUUGAUCUUAAUGAUGCAUAUUUUAAUCCAUUUUUUAAAAGAAUGUCCACAAUUUUGUAUACAUUUGUUCAGAGAAGUUUAUUUUGAAAGUGAGUGUUUCUUUGAAUUAUAUCAGGAUAAACUUAAGAUUAACAUUCCAUACCUUUAAUCAUAUGAUCUUGUAUGUUUCUAACAAAAUCUUUUCUGCUUUUGAAAUUAUAUUGUGACAUUAAAUUAAGAAAAACUCAUUGUGUGUUGAAAUGACAGAAGAUUAGGAUUGUGGUUUCUUUAAACACUUUUUUUAAUUAAAUGUUGAAAUUGCACAUCAACAAAUAUGUAACCAAGGAAGAGCACAAAUACAAUGCUUCAGCCCAUUCAAAGGACCCCUGUAUCCUAAUGUUGCUGUUCAAUCUUAAAACUGUAUUUUAAAUUAA